AAAUAAAUUUUUAAAAUGUGGCCGGUAGUUAUGGCCCUUUUGCGGCGCAAUGCUGUUUAUAUAACACUGCCGAUUGCAGCCGUUGUGGGCUUUAUUGGCUAUAAUCUGGAGGAUCUCUUGUCGGACAAAUACACGCCAUACAGUCCUUCGAUCCAGGAGAUCCGUGUUAAGCGUUUAGCUGACGAGAGCUCAGUGGAGAAUGCUGCUAAAGUGGAGAAACUGCGGUUAAAUAGUUCGGUUUUAGAGCGCAAUUUGUCACCGUCUCUGCAGCCAAAAACAUAAUCGGCGCCCUUUGGCACCUUGUUAUUUCAGUUGUAAUUAAAUGUGGGAUAGAAAUUAGACUAAAAAUAAAAGAAAAAAUAAAAAAAUUGCAUCGAACUUCAA